AUGUCGCCCGUAUCCUGGAGUGAUGAAGAUUUGAAGCCAUUGGCUCUACCAGACUCUAUGGAGUGCACAAAAUGGUUCCAUAUCAAAGUCACAAGUGGUGAACGGUCAUGGAUUCUUCGCCGUUCAUGGGAUAACUUUGUCAUGCUUGAUGAACAACUCCAUCAAUGCAUUUACGAUAGAAAAUUCUCUCAGUUACAGGAUCUGAAGAGUAUUAAUCCUGAACAAGAUAUGGAAGAGGCUCUCCUAUCUUCCUACCUGGCUCAAUUCAGUGGCUUGAUUGGGAACAUGGUGACUUGUGGACCUGUGCUGAACUGGUUGGAGUUGGAUCCAAAGGGUCAUCGGCUUCUUGUCGCAGAUGAUAGUGCCAUCAACACUCCUGCUAUUGCUGCAGCCAUUGUUGUGACUCCCCAUUCAGCUCAGGCUCAUGAUGAACUAUCACUUCAGAUAGGUGAUAUGGUGUCUGUGAUUGACAUGCCAUCUUCGGAUGAGUCCAUUUGGUGGAGAGGCAAAAGGAACUAUGAAGUGGGGUUUUUUCCGUCCAGCUGUGUUGAUAUCAUUACUGACAAGGCCAUCCCACCCUCCAUCCUCCCAAGACUGCAACCCAUUGAGGAGGCACAAGGGAAACCCAUAUUCAAGAAGCAUGGGAAACUCAUAUCAUUCUUCAGAACUCUGGAGUUCCUCAUGCAUCAUCUCAGUCGAGUGGCAGGACAUGGGCAAAAGACAAGUAUGGGUGCACGAAAUUUAGCCAUUGUUUGGGCUCCUAAUCUCUUGCGGUGCAGGACACUAUUUGAAGAUAGCAGUAACCUUGGGCUUGGAGCACUGCAAGGGGUGGGAAUCCAAGCAGUUGUGACAGAGGCUUUGAUUCGAUACAUGGAGUUGGUCUUUCAUGAUGGCCCUAUUGCUAAUGACUCAGGAGACAAUAGUUGUGGCACUCCAGCUAGGAGGGUGCGGCCUCGCUCUCUUGCCAUAUCAACUCCAACAAAGUUACUGACACUGGAAGAGGCCAGGGGGAAAGUCCAGGGACUUGGAAUUCCACCAGAUCAGAAAUACAUAGAAGUUGGUGGAGGUACUGCAAGCCUACCUUUAAAAUACCAUACUGUGCUGGAGCUUCCUCAGGGACACAGGAGGAGAAGUUCUUCGCUGCGACUUAAGCGAUCUGCAUGGAGGCUAUUUUGGCGAUCAAGAUCCUCCACUACUGCUAAUGUGAAGAAUAAGAGGUCCUCCAGUGGACCAACAUGUGCUCCUGCUUUGCAUCUUCAGGAGCAAGCAAUUACAGAGUCAGAUAUCUCAAGGAGAGGCAGCAAGAGACUUCGUCCUGUCAAAUCUUGUGAAUCACUGGUAUCUGGUUCAGGUUCCAAUCGAAAUUCAGCUCUUGUGGAAGGUCAGUCCAACAAUUCUUCUGUAGCAGAUGAACGAAUUGCAUUGGCCUCCAUUGAGAACCAUCAGUCACUCUUCCGAGAAGAUUCCCUCUAUCGAGAUUCCAAAUCCCAUAGCAGAACUGUCUCUCAUGAUUCCUACUUCAAGAGCCUGCCUUUCUCAUCAGCCUUCAAUGAAGAAAUGAUAGAAAUAAGGCACAUGCUUUUUGGGGAAGAAGAGGAUGAACCCACUUGCAUGCAAGACACGAGUGAACUCUCACUCCCAAGUGACCUUCAGCGACCCUCUGAAGAUGCAAAAGAAAAUUUCAAGCACACAUUCUCCCUUCCUGAAACUCACUUCUUUGGAUCUCAUCGCAGUCCUUUGGCAGACUGUAAUGCACAGAAAAGUAAUGGGAAGAAAAGAAGCACCCAAAGUUUGUUGGCAUCAUCUGGACUCUCACCAACAUUGAAGCAGAGGAAACAAGCUCAUCAUCAUAGUGUUCCGUGUGAUCUCCAUAGCCCACCCUCACAAGGAGGGAUGGGUUUUUUCAUAUCCCCACCUGAGAGCCCAUCAUCCAUGACAGAGAAGACCAAGGACAUUAGCUUUGAAAGUGAAGUAGUAUCUCGAUUUCUGGCUGAUUUGGGAAAGCCAGAGAACUUGUUCAGGUUUCCCCUUGCCCGAAAUUUCAGUGAUAUAGAGGAAGAUGAUAAUGGAUGUGCUGCUGUCUCUGAUACAAAUGUAGAACUGCUUCCCCUUCAGCAUCAUGACUUAAAUGAAGAUUCAGGAAUUUCAUAUAUCAACCUUAUCCCAAGAAAGCAAGAGGAAGUGACAUAUGUCAACACAAAUGAGCAGACAUAUGCCAAUGUAUCAUCAAAUGACCAGGAUGACACAUGGCCCAUCAUGUCUCAUGGUGUCUAUGAAAAUUUUUCCAGCAUCUUUGAUCCCAUCUAUGCUAAUGUCACUGUCACACCCGAGAAAUCUCCUACACUUGAUGUUGAAAAUCUGGGGGUUCCAGCAGAGAUCAAUGAUUCACAAAGUCCUGAGGGAAUAUAUGAGAAUUUGGAUCUUCUAUGCAAGAAGGGGGAAACUUGGCCAUUGCAUGACUCCAUGACAGCCCCUCAUGAUGUGAAGUAUGAGGUCAUGCCUGAGAAGGUGAAUGAAGCUUUAGGAAGAAGUGAAGAGAGUUCUGGAGAGGAAGCAGAACAUGAACUAAGUGAAAAAGACAAACAGAAACCUGGGACCAAUGAAGAGUUGAGACCUCAACCACAAGAAGUGACUUCAGAAGCUGUAAUUCCUUUUCAGCAGAGGAAGAUUUUUCCUAAUCAGUCACCAAGACGGACACAGUCACAGCCAACAUCUCUUCCCAGUAAUUUCAUCACCCCUCAGCAGUAUCCUACCUAUGACAGACAGGCCUUAAGCCUUCCCUUAUCUUUUGAUGGAUCAUUCAGGUCCUAUCCAUCAAAAACCACUCCAUCACCAGUGCAAGAGGUGAGACGUCGAUUUGAAUCAGAAAUUGGUCGAGACAUUCUGAGAGAGAAGAGGGUGUGUUCUGAAUUGGAGAGGUGCAAACCUUUAAAGGCACAACUGCAUUCAUCAAAGAGUCCAGUUGAGAACAAAGAGAUUUCUCCUUCCAUUGCACACAAGAUGUCUCUUUAUGAUUCCUCUAAGCAAAGCUAUGAUGACCAAUUGUCAGAGGGGAAGAGUACUACAGAAGAACCAGCUUCAUUGAGGAAGUCUCCAUUUUCAAGGAAAGGCUCUAUUAAGGAUUUGCUAAAUAAGUUUGAGUGCCCUGAGAAUGAACAUCUGUCAUUGGUAGAUGUCUCAACAACCAGUAACAUUAGGCAAGAAAAGGGUGAAAAAGGUGAUGUGAAACAAUCUUUGCUCCAUGCAACCAUCCAUGACAAAAGCAGCUCUCUAAUUUUAUCACCUUCACUGCCCUUGGUAACUGCUAGAGAAACUCCAGCAUUAAUGAACAUUGCUCAGAAUGCUGUUUGCUCAAUUGAGGAGGAGAAGCCCUCAAAGAUCUCAAUUCCAUGUUCUAAUUCAAUGAGGAAUGGUAGGAAGGAGGUUCAUUCAAAAGAGCCAAGCAGAGUCUCAGAACUUGAGAAGGAUGGAGAUAUGCAGAUGCAAGCUCCUGAAUCAGAUGACAACAAGGAGAAUGAAGAGGCAAAGAAGCGGGAGCGAAUUGAGAAGUACAAAGAAGAGCGUCGAUCUGCUCUCCGUCAGAAGUACAAAACUGAAUCAAAAGGCACUGACAAGGAUGGGCAUGAGGUUGAUAUUGUUCAGCGUAUAAAGCAGCGGAUGUCCUCUUCUCAGGCAAAGCUCUCUGAAGAUGAAAAUCCUCCCGUUGAGUGUGAAGAAAAGAUUGGACGCAGGAGGUCAUCCAGUGCUUCCUCUUCAAAUGAUACAGCUGUUAAGAAUGAUACAGAUAAUGGGUCAAUAACUGAAAAAAAUCAAAAACCUGCAGUUUGUCCAAUUGGAGAGAAAAGUGACAAGUCUCCAGUCAGAAAGUCCACUUCACCUCCCUCCAGAUCCAGCCUCAUGCCUCUCCAUUCCCCUACCAGUCCUCAGAAAGUGGAAUUUCCUGGGAAGCCACCCAUAACCAGAAGGUCUUCUGGAGAGAAUCCACGGUUGGAAAGACAUGCCUAUGGAAGGCAUAGCCUUGGAAGAUCUCCACCAGACAAACCGCCACCCAUCAUCGAACAUCGAGUGAGUGCUCCUUCACCUCAGGAUGUGCAGUCUCCAAGGAAUGUACAGGUUCAGUGCGUGACUAGUCCCUUGGAGGAGGUGAGAGUGAAAGAACGAAUUGCUCAUUGGACUGGCAAGACACAGGGUGUUUCUAAAUCUAUGCCAGAGGAGCCCAAAGUUGAAAAAGUAGGAAGUGUUGUUCUGCGCAAGGCUGUUGUGAUUGGAGGACGCUCUCAGGGUGCCAAGGAAAUCCUGUACAGAGAUCGAGUGGAGAAGAAAAGAAGUGGAGGAAAUGAUGUCAAGUCCAUGGCAUCUCUCUUUGAAAAAUCAGUGAAAAAUGGAGAGAAUUAA